AAACGUGCGUGUUAUUAUUUGUGAGCACAGGUGAUGUUCAGUCUCGCUGCGGAGCGGAGGAAGCAUGGGGAAACUUCAGGAGUUUGAGAUCACGUUUGACAAAAGCAAAGUGGUGUACAGUCCGGGCGACUCUAUCUCUGGGACCGUGACAGUCAAACUAGGCCAGCCGCUGCCCUGCAAAGCCAUCAAAGUGAACUGUAAUGGUUUCUGUGGCAUCACGAAUAAAGUAAACGACAUAGCGUGGACGGUGGAGGAACAGUACUUCAACAGCACUGUCUCUGUUGCAGACAAAGGGACCCUGAAACAGGGAGAACACAAGUUUCCCUUCAAGUUUCUCAUACCAGCCACUGCUCCAACAUCUUUUGAAGGCAACUAUGGCCGGAUCAUUUACAGAGUGAGAGCUUUUAUUGACACGCCACGAUUUGCCAAGGAUUACAGCAUAGAAAAACCUUUCUACCUGCUAAGCCCUCUAAACCUGAAUGAAGUACCAGACAUAUGGGGAAUCUGUUCAUCUGCAGUGACACAGCAGUUCACCUACAUGCUGGUGAAAACAGGCACAGUAGUCCUGAAGGCCCAGACUGACAUGAAGGGUUACACACCGGGCCAGAUCAUCCAGGUGACAGCCAACAUCCAUAACCAAUCUGGGAAGACCACAGGCAAUAUGGCAGCCAGUCUGAUGCAGAGAGUGACCUAUGAGACGAAGAAGCCCACCCAUGAUGUGAGAACCAUAGCGGAGGUGGAGGGAGGUGUGGUGAAGGCUGGCAAGGAGAUAGAGUGGAAGGAGCAGAUCAUCAUUCCUCCUCUUCCUCAGUCCUCCCUCGCUGGCUGUGAUCUCAUAAAGAUUGAAUAUUUUGUUAAAGUCAGUCUAAAAUCUCCAGACGUCAUGUUGACAUUACCCAUCCACAUUGGGAAUGUCUCACUGGACAGCAAACUGCAUCCUUCUAAAAAAGCAGCUCAUUCUUCAUCUGCUGCAGCUGAGGAUACACCAGCCUCUGCCCCUACCUCCGACACCUCCACCUCUGCCGCUGCUCCCGCACCGACCUCUUGCCCUGCCCCAAAACCUGCUCCUCGCCCCACCCCUCGCCCCAGGAUGUCUUCCCAUAUUUCCCCCAGCGCUCCUCCAGCUGAGUACCACGGGGGAGCAGAGGGUGGGACGCCGAUGAACGAUGGCUUCGUGAACAAGCGCCAGUCUCAACUGGUGUCACCCAAUGCUUUCAGCUAUGCUCCUGGCCUUUUUUUCCCCCAGAACCAGCAGCCCAACACUUCUGGCACUGUACCCACUGGGUCCACAGGGAUCACUGCGCCUUACUGUCCUGGGAACAGUGCUAGCUCAGCACCAGCACCAUUCAUCCUGCCUCCAGACUAUGGCACCUCCGCUUAUCCACAAGAGGCUCCUCCUUCUUAUGAUGAGAGCUGCAACACUUGAAGUGGAUGAAGACCAAGGUAGCUCUCACCAGGAUGACCAUCAGUUCACUCUGAUAUCAAACAAAAUAUUGGACUGAAACUGCAAAUCAUCUACCAUGUUGAUGAAUUUCCAAAAUGAGAGUCUUGUCAUUUUUUACAGUUCUAAUAAUUUGGACAAGAUGAGUAUAAGACACAGAGGAAACCUAGUGUAAUCUGGUAUGAUAAAGUUGUUUUAGGUCUUUUGUUUGAUUUGAAGUUUUUCUAAAUGUAUAUGAAUGGAGAUGAAUGUGAAUUGACCUCAGACUCUGCUGUCCAGUGAGCAGGUACUUUAACUCACCUAAUUCUCUCCUGAUUAACCUUCAAAGUAGCCACAGCCAAUCAACACUGCCUUUGUAAAAUCAAUAUUUUUUGUUUAUUGUAAGCACUUUGAUUGAGAGGAAAGAGAAGAGCAAUAUGCAGAAUUGUAUUUUCUGUUCUUUGUACAGUAACAGAGUCAGGUUUUUAGUUGUGCGUUAUUUAGAAUUAGAUGGCAUCUGUGAUGUCAAGUUUGAAAGUUUCUUGUAUGAAAACAUGUUCAAAACAAACCAUCUUAUCAAGCAUUUAAUCCAAUAGCUUUCUUAUUUUUCAAAAGCGAAAGAGAAAUGAACCUGUGGGAUUUUAUUGGAAAAAGGUGAAAUCAUGGUUGAAAGAUCUUUGGAAAUAUCUUUUUUUAUUUGCCUUUGAUCAGGAGUUUUUACAUUCAUGUUAAUGCACAAUCCAGAUAUUGCUGUCGCAUUUUGUCCGUGUAUGGCUUUGUAAGGAUAUAGUGCGAGAUCCAGUUUAGCCCCAUAUGAUUUCUGCCAUGUUUAAUCAUUUGUUACUUUCAGUCUUCAACUGUGUUGAAAUGACUGUAGACUUCCUUCUAGAAAUGGUGUUGUAUAUUCUACCUACUUCAUUUGUGUUGGUUCUGUUCAUACCAGACAUCCCACUUUUGUUCUUUUAAUAGCUGAACAUUAAUACAGCAUCACUGUGAUUUGAGGUUUUACUCGGCCGUUCUUGAUGUAGUUCACAUCAACAAUUUCAAUCACAGACAUUUGUGAAUAUAUUUUAAUAUUUCUUGAUCAAGUUAAAAGCAGCAUUUAUUUAUUUUUUUGAGUGGUUUUAAACUGCUGUCUUGAUUCCAAUAAACCUGUUAAAACUA